CAAAAACACACAAAAUUUCCCUCCCAUUUGCCGUUUGGUGAGGAAAAUCAAGAAUAAUACUUAAGGUUUGGGUGUGAGCAGUUCUCUCUCUCCAAGUAGAAGUAGAGUUGAAAAAAUGGGUAAGCAGCAGAAGAGAGACAGAAGCAAUCUCAUUGCUUUGACGGGAGCCGCUGCUCUUCUCGCUAUUGCUGUCAACUUUGCUAUCUCCGCCAUCAACAACAAACAUCGCAAGAAAAAAGAGAUUCCAGGUUCAAAUGUUCGAGUGAAUCUAACUGCUUCUGAAAUUCUGAAAUUAGCGGAAAGCAUAAUUAAGAAGUCGAAGCAAGUUCAUGAUGCUGUUGCUUCAGUUCCACUUGACAAGGUUGCCUAUGUAAAUGUGAUAUUUCCAUUAGCAGAUUUAGAGGCACAGCAGUUCCCGUUAAUACAGUCAUGUGUCUUUCCUAAAUGGUUAUCAACUUCAGAGGAUGUACGCAAAGCUAGUGCUGAAGCAGAGAGAAAAAUAGAUGCUCACAUUUCGAUGUGCAGGAAGCGUGAGGACAUAUACAGGGUUGUCAAAGCUUUAACAGUAACAGGGGAUGGAUUGAGUACUGAUGCUAAAAACUUUACCCACUUCCUGGUUCGAGAAUUUGAAAGGAAUGGCGUGAAUCUGACCUUAUCUAAGAAAGAGGAGUUGCAGCGUUUAACUGCAAAUAUUGAUGAGCUAAGCAUGCAAUACAUUCGUAAUUUGGAUGAUGAUUGUAGUUUUCUACUUUUCACUGACAUGGAGCUAGAAGGGUUGCCCCCGGAGUUUCUCAAGAGCUUAGAAAAAUCUAAAGAUGGUAAAAGAAGAAUCAUUUUGAAGAGCCAUCAGAUUUCACCAGUGCUAGAGCUUUGCAAGGUGGGAUCAACCAGAAGAGCUGUUGCUAUUUCCUAUGGGCGCAGAUGUGAAGCCAAUGUUACUAUCCUUGAAAAGCUGAUUCAGCUGCGGCACAAGCUUGCUAGAUUGCUUGGCUUUGCAAAUUAUGCUGACUAUGCCACUGAUGUUAGAAUGGCAAAGUCUUCCUCUAAGGUGUUUGAGUUCUUGGAGAGUCUCUCUGCUAGCUUAAAUGAUUUAGCCUACAGGGAACUUUCGAUGGUUAAAGCAUUAAAGAAGAAAGAGGAAGGCGAAUGUCCUUUCGGCAUGGAGGAUCUUCCAUACUAUGUCAAAAGAGUCAAAGAUCAACAAUUCCGUAUGAAUUUUGGAGUAAUUAAACAGUACUUCCCUAUCAAUUUGGUUUUGUCCGGCAUCUUCAAAAUCUGCCAAGACUUAUUUGGCUUAGAUUUCAAGGAAGUUGAAGGUGCUGAGGUUUGGCAUCCAGAUGUGCAGCUAUUUUCAGCUUCAGAUCUAAGUUCUAAAGAACUUGUUGGUUAUUUUUACCUAGAUCUAUACUCCAGAGUCGGUAAAUAUGCGCACACCUGUGUCAUAGCUCUUCAGAAUGGUUUACUAAAUAAUGGUUCAAGACAGGUUCCUGUGGCGCUACUUGUUUCUCAAUUUGAAAAGAAAGUUGAUGGUCACCCUGGGUUGUUGCAAUUCCCCGAAGUGGUGAAUCUUUUCCAUGAAUUUGGUCAUGUGAUACAUCACAUUUGCAACUGUGCAUCAUUUGCCAAAUUCUCGGGGCUGCGCCUGGAUCCUGAUUUUGUGGAGAUUCCCGCCCUUUUGAUGGAGAAUUGGUGCUAUGAAAGCCUCUCUUUGAGACUGAUCUCUGGUUUUCAUCAGGAUAUCACAAAGCCCAUCAAAGAUGAACUUUGUAAAUCGCUUAAGAAAUGGCGAUGCUCCUUCUCAGCACUGAAAUUAAAACAGGAGAUCUUUUAUUGUCUAUUCGAUCAAAUUAUUCAUUCUACUGAGAAUGUUGACAUUAGUGGGCUGUUCAAGCAUCUUUAUCCGAAGGUUAUGGUAGGCUUACCGCUUUUAGAAGGAAUAAACCCAGCUUCAUGUUUUCCACGAACUGCUAUUGGCUAUGAGGCCACUUGCUACAGUCACAUCUGGAGUGAGGUCUUUGCUGCUGAUAUAUUUGCGUUGAAGUUUCAUGAUGAUAUUUUCAACCUGCAAGCAGGCUUGCAAUUUAGGAAUAAGGUAUUGGCCCCAGGAGGAGGAAAAGACCCCAUUGAAAUGUUAUCUGAAUUUCUUGGGAGGGACCCAUCAAUACAAGCUUUUCUUGACAGCAAAGCUGAUACAAACUAGAGUUCGUUUCACUAUUGGUAAAGCAGGGUGAAUUUUUUCUGCUCCAUCCUGUAAAAGUUAUAGUUGCCGGCAAAAAAUAUACUAUUUUCCAUUAUGAUAAUACUUUAGGAGGAGAAACAAAAAAGAUCAGAAAUGGAAAUAGCAUGUAAAAUCAAAGGCAGUUCAACUACAACCAUUGAAAAACUGUGGUUGAACUGUUGCUAAUAUUUAUUCUCUCUAUUCGUGGGUACCUUUUCUUUUUCCCCAAAAUUUUUGGAAAGGUCCAAAGUACAACAAAAUAACUUGUAAUUCUGAAGUUAUAAGGUAUCAUAUCCCGGGGGUAAGA